UGACGUCAUGACGCUGGAAGAGCGGAGGCGAUGAGAGGAAACUGCAAUAAACACAGAGGGCGUCUGCGGCUAUCUAUCUAAAUAGGACAAUAAAGUGAAAACGGCUUCAAUGCUCUAACGAUGGAUUUGUCACAUCUGCUUCUCCUCAAAGUUUUACUCCUCGUGUGCUUGCUAAACUACACUCACGGACAUUAUAGGAAUCCUUUGAACAAGUACAUCCGUCACUAUGAAGGCUUGUCCUACAACACAGAGGCUGUUCACAGCAAGCAUCAAAGGGUCAAGAGGGGUCUUUCUCAUGAGGACAAGUUCCUUCAUUUAGAUUUCCAUGCACAUGGAAGGCAUUUUAACUUAAGAAUGAAGAGGGAUACCACGUUGUUUUCCCCUAAUCUUAAAGUGGAAGUUUCAGGAGAGGAGGUUCCAUAUGAUACGUCUCACAUUUACACUGGAGAAAUCUAUGGUGAGAAAGGAACUCUGACUCAUGGUUCCAUUGUGGAUGGCAAGUUUGAGGGCUUCAUACAGAGUUACCAAGGCACUUACUAUGUGGAGCCCGCUGAGAGAUACCUGGAGGACAAAGAUGUGCCCUUCCAUUCUGUCAUCUACCACGAAGAUGACAUUCACUAUCCACACAAGUAUGGCCCAGAGGGAGGCUGUGCCGACAGCUCUGUGUUUGAAAGGAUGAAGAAGUAUCAAGCCUCUGCAUUAGAGGAGCCGCCCAAGCAGCAGGAGCUCCACGCUGAGGCGGAUGCUGAUGGUCCUGUUCUGCUGAGGAAGAGGAGGAUGGCCCAGGCUGAAAAAAACACGUGUCAGCUUUUCAUUCAGACUGACCACCUCUUUUUCAAAUACUACAAUACCAGAGAAGCUGUCAUAGCUCAGAUCUCCAGUCACGUCAAAGCCAUCGAUGCCAUUUAUCAGGGCACGGACUUCAUGGGCAUUCGUAAUAUCAGCUUCAUGGUGAAAAGGAUUCGGAUCAACACCACCUUAGAUGAAAAAGACCGGAGCAAUCCAUUCCGCUUUGCCAACAUUGGAGUGGAGAAGUUCCUGGAGCUCAACUCGGAGCAGAACCACGAUGACUACUGCUUGGCUUAUGUUUUCACAGACCGAGAUUUUGAUGAUGGAGUGUUGGGAUUGGCCUGGGUGGGAGCCCCCUCAGGGAGCUCUGGAGGAAUCUGUGAAAAAAGCAAGUUGUACUCUGAUGGAAAAAAGAAGUCGCUGAACACUGGUAUCAUCACUGUACAGAACUACGCCUCCCACGUACCUCCAAAAGUCUCUCACAUCACCUUCGCUCAUGAAGUAGGCCACAACUUUGGCUCCCCGCAUGACUCUGGGUCUGAAUGCACCCCGGGAGAAUCCAAAAGCCAAGACAAGAAGGAGAAGGGAAAUUACAUCAUGUAUGCAAGAGCCACAUCCGGAGACAAACUCAACAACAAUAAGUUCUCCGUCUGUAGCGUUCGCAACAUCAGCCAGGUUCUGGAGAAGAAGAGAGGCAACUGUUUUGUCGAAUCGGGCCAGCCCAUCUGUGGAAACGGUAUGGUUGAACCUGGAGAGGAGUGUGACUGUGGCUAUAGCGAUCAGUGCAGAGAUCAGUGCUGCUACGACGCCAACCAGCCAGACAACAAAAAGUGCAAAUUAAAGCCUGGCAAAGCAUGCAGCCCCAGCCAGGGUCCUUGCUGUACCGCUGAGUGCACUCACAAGGGGCGUAAUGAGAAGUGCCGAGAAGAGUCUGAGUGUGCUCACCAGGGCAUGUGUAAUGGAGCAAGUCCCUCCUGCCCCACGUCUGAGCCAAAGGCCAACUUCACAGCCUGCCACGGAGAAACGCAAGUCUGCCUCAACGGGGGCUGCUCCGGCUCCAUCUGUGAGAAGUACGGACUUGAAGCGUGCACCUGUGCCAGCCAAGAUGGCAAGGAUGAGACUGAGCUCUGCCAUGUUUGCUGCAUGGAGAAAAUGAACCCAAAUACAUGCAGCAGCACAGGAUCAGAGCGCUUGGCUCGCUUCUUUAACAAAAAAGUCACCACGCUGCCAGCUGGCUCGCCGUGCAACGACUUCAAGGGCUACUGUGACGUGUUCAUGAAAUGCAGACUGGUGGAUGCAGACGGACCGCUCGCCAGGCUAAAGAAGGCCAUCUUUAACCCAGAGCUCUAUGAAAACAUCGCCGAGUGGAUUGUGGCUCACUGGUGGGCGGUGUUGUUGAUGGGGAUUGCGCUCAUCAUGCUCAUGGCUGGUUUCAUUAAGAUCUGUAGUGUCCACACACCGAGCAGCAACCCCAAACUUCCUCCUCCCAAGCCGCUUCCAGGCACUUUGAAGAGACGGCGAGCACAGCAGCAGCAGGCCAGCUCCCAGGUGCAGCACCAGUCUCAGCACCCUCAUGCCGGACACGGCGGACAGCGGCAAGCCCGGGGCCAGCAGCAGCGACAGGCGCAACCGCAGAGGCACCACCGCCAGCCCAGAGAAAACUAUCAGAUGGGCCAGAUGAGACGCUAAGACCCUGCACCCAGCCCCCUUCUCCUCCCCGUCCCCCCCAAUGCCUUGGCUCUUCCGUGUGCCUACAGAGGGAAAUAAAAGCGUCACUCCAUCCAAAGAAAAGCCUGACAUGGUUGUUAGUCAUCAUCAUAUCCACUACAGACAAACCAGACGUUUAAAGGAGACAAAAACGAUACCUAGCAACUUGAUUGGCUCUUUGGAGAGCGGACCUGACCAUCAGCCAUUUCCAGCGCAGUGGAAUCAAGUGUUUUCCAUCUUUAUCUUGGUUUUUUUUUUCUUUUAAUUCUUUUCUUUUAAGGAGUGCCAAGGAGUUAAGGAAUUGUGUAGCUUUAGUUCCUUCUGUGAUGUGUUUGUGUGGGUUUUUUCUUUUCUUUUCUUUUCUUUGCUAUGUCUUGUUUGCGUGGCGAGCCUGAGGCUGCUGGUGAAACUUUUCCGUGCUUUUGUUUUUAUUUUUUUAGCCAGGAAUAACAGAUACUUCGUGGAGAUUUUUGGCCCGUUUUGAGAUGUGAAGACGGGAAGCGGCUGAAGACCCAUCCUCCAGACUCUCAUGCAGACUCUCUUCUGUUCUGCAUGUGACUGUACAUAUUUAGUGUAUCAUAAGUGAAAGCAAACUAUUUCUUCUACUGUAAAUGUGUAAUUCUUCACUUUUUUUUUCUUCUUUUUUUUUCAAUUAGUGCUCUCAGGAUUCCUAACACAUACGUGAAAUAUUAAUGAGCUCCUUGGACUUUGCAGUCAAGGAUUUGACCUUGCAGAGCUCUCUUCAAAGUCGUCAGGUGGAUCGCUUUCACUUUUAUUAGAUUAUUUUGAACCUGAAAUCUUCAUUUUUAGCCUUCUUUCUUCCUGCUCCCUGCCUCUUUUUGUCUCACUAAACAUGUUUGCCCAUGCUGUAUAACAAGUCAGAGGAGAUGUGUUAUUACUGGAAGCGAUUGGGAGCAAGUUUGGCACAACCUUUGUUUUAAUUUUCUUUUUUUUUUUGAUAAUAAAUAACCACUAACUGAAGCUGAAUUAGAUGUGGAGGGAGAAUGAAGACUGCUUUUGAUUCAUGUAGAAAUUAGUGUGAUGUUACACGGUUCGUUUAAAUAAGUGUGGAAAUAAAUUUUAAAAAUGAUUGGAAAAAAAAGAAGUUAAGAUUUAGUCAUUCCAUUAUUCUUCAGAUAGCAAAGAACUUUUCCAUGUGGGCAUGCAGACACAUUUAUUGAAUUGAUCAGGGUCUGUAGUGUUUACGUCACUCUACUUUUUAUCUGAGUUUGUCUUAAUGCAGUUGAAAAGAAAAGUGUUUUUACUUUGAUUCACUUAACAUUUUUUUCUCCCUGAUGAUUGCAUCUCAUUAAGGACUAAAUCCCCUCAAGAGCUCACGACUGCGGGAUGUUUGUGUCGGCGUGCCAAAAGCCUUCCUGAAGUUCAUCUUUUCUGAAACGCAGGAAACCACCCGGAACGUUUGGAAAGCCACCUCAUAGGAAAGAUCGGAAAGGUUUUUCCUUUUUUUUUUUUUUUUUUGUGGAAUCCUGCGAGCUCCUUUGACAGCAGAGGGGUAUUGAAAUGAAAAUAUCCAGUUAUUGGGAUCGUUUGUGCUGAUGUGACAUUUCAUUGACAGAAUGUGAAGCACUGCACCUUUUUCUUUUCUUAAACGAUGUAUAACGUAAGGAAACAUUUUCUGUACUCUAGCUUUAUUGAUUUUAAUUUUUUUUUUUUUUUUUAUGCAUGCAAAUUCAAUAAUUCUGAAACCACUGUCGCUCAUCAUCACAUGUGCUCUGGAAGAAACCACAGAGGGAACUGGGAAGGCGGGCUGUUAGAACCUCUUAUGUCCUCUUAUGUAUGUACAAAUUGCAUCUUUUUUUCUUUUUUUUUAAUUCACGUCUCGGGCCACAUUUGCCAGAAUUAACUUGUAAACUUGUACAGUACUUGUUGGGGGAGGGAAAUUGCAUUUUAUUUGAUAAAGAAAAAAUACAUUUUGAUAACAUUUCUCUUCCUAAUUCCAGAGAAAACUGGUUCAGAAGUUAUGUUUGUUUUUUCUUUUCCUAUUUUCUAAGUUAUUUAAGUUCUUCUAUGCGCUAGUUGAACUGCACUUUGCUUAUGCUUUUCACCACCGUCAUCAAUCGAGGGAAGAAAAAAUAAACCUAUGAAUCUGUGAUGGAGUUAGUGUUACAUUCUCCUUUUUCUUUGUCUUAUUCUGUGGCAUGGUUUGGGUAGAAGAGCAGAAGAAUAAUGCCUGUAAAAUUACUUUCUCUUUUUAAUUUCAUAGUCUUGGUAAAGGUUUUAGAUCAACGUGCACUGAAAAUGUCCAAAUUGAGUUGAAAUGUCUUAGGUGAUGUAGGCCGAACGAACACGAGAUUAAAAAGUUAAACUGCUGUCUGAUUUUAUUGUUCACUGUGUUUUAUACAGUAUCCAACAUUUUCUUUUCUUUUUUUUUCUUUUGUUCACUUUGAACAUUUUUACUAAAAAAAAAAAAAAACAUUUCAAAUUGUAUUGUGCAAAGAGAUGUAAUUUUUUGGAGUACUUGAAAUGCAUUAAAAGACUCG